AUGUCAGAGCCAACCGCCAGUCGCCUGCUGCACACCGCUGGAACACCACCCCUGUGCAGUGCCGCUGACUCACCCGGGACGCUCAGAGACUACUCCGCAUCUCCAGCUCCCGCUUCUACGACUUCUUCUUUGCUUCGGUGCCCCCACGCCGCACCUGCGCUACCAGACAUGGCCACUGCAUUCGCGCCCUGCCAUUUGCACCAGAACUGCCACCCCGAGUGUGAGGCCGCCAUCAACAACCAGGUCAACUUGGAGGUGCACGCUUCCUUCGCGUACAAGUCCAUGGCCUCCUACUUCGACCGUGGAGACGCGGCCUUGAAGCACUUCAGCCUGUUCUUCCUUGAUCAGUCCAAGAAGAAGAUGGAGCAUGUGGACUAUCUGUUGGGGCUGCAGAACCAGCGUGGCAGCAACCCCCGCCUGUGGAACAUCCCCAUGCCUGAGGAAGAGAACUGGGAGAAUGGCCUGAGGGUCCUGGAGUGCGCCUUGCAGCUGGCGAAGAGGGUGCAGCAGAGCCUGCUGAGUCUGCACCAGGUGGCCAAAGAGAAGCACGGCCACGUCUGCAACUUCCUGGAGGGCGGCUACCUGUUUGAGCAAGUGAUGUUCAUGCGAGAGUUGAGGGAUCAUAUCGCCAACCUGCGCAAGCUGGAGGCUCAGGACGAUGGCCUGACAGAGUCCCUCUCUGACAAGCUCACUCUGGGCGACAGCGAGAACUGA